AUGACGGCUGUAAGAACAUGUCCUGGCUUGUACUGCGGUCGCACAGAACUUGAUGAUGGGACGUGGAGUGACUGCGGUGCUUGCCCUCGAGGUUUUCGCACUAAUUCCACCAGCUACUGCAUGCCAUGUACCGAUAAACCGACUUUAUAUGAUGGCCUGUAUCUUGGGUUCAUGGUUUUAUUACCUAUGGUAUUGCAUUGGUUUUUUAUAGACAUGGUUGCUGUGGCCAAGGGCACUAAAAACAUUCUAGUUCAACACAUAUGUGCAUUUGUGGAAGUUGCAACAGGAACACUGGCAGCUUUACUAGUGCUGCCGCCAACAGGCACUAUUGCUUUACAUGUCUGUUCUCCUAAAGCGUUGUCUGACUGGUACACAUUACUGCAUAACCCUCAACCUGACUAUAAAGAGACCCUGCAUUGUACUCAGGAGGCUGUGUAUCCUUUAUACACGGUCGUCCUACUAAUAUAUGCAUUCAGUUUAUUGAUGACUAUAACAUUGAGGCCAUGGUUACUGACUUGGGACUCUGUCAAUCCAGGCAAGAAGGCAAUAUACUGUGCGCUGUACUUCUAUCCUAUAUUGGUGCUUAUACAUACUGUUGCUGCGGGAUUGAUUUAUUGUUCAUUCCCGUACAUCAUCAUAAUAAUAUCAAUGAUGACAUCAGCAUCACAUUUCUCAAUCAAAAUCGAGCAGACAGCACCAGCGCUCUUGUUGUCAUCUCUGACCAACACAAGAAACCUGAUUAUACUAUUAGGUCAUUGGGUCAUACAUGCUUAUGGGAUUAUAUCCCUGACUGGUUUCAAGGAAUUAUGGUACCUGUCUCUGGUACCUGCGCCAGCUUUGUUCUACAUCUUAACUGCGCAGUUCACUGACCCUAUGAAGAUUCACAGCGAUUGA